AGUUGAACUGAAGAGCGUAAAAACCCUAAUCUCUCUCUCCUUCUCUCUCACCGAGCUGUGGCUGAGCGGCACAUUCCCCUUCUCGGCUCUCUCGACAUUCGAAUUCCCAACAGCAACCACCGCCAAUCAACCAUGGCCGCAUACGACUACGACGACGCCGGCACCUACGACGAGACAUCGGCGACGCAGCGCCAACCGUCGUCCGGAGCCCCGCCGUCUUCCGACCUCGGUUACGACCCCAACUUCGUCCCCGACUCCGUCAAAUCCUUUGUCGUCCACCUCUACCGCUACAUCCGCGAGAAGAAUGUCUACGAGAUCCACCAGAUGUACGAGACCUCCUUCCAGACCCUCUCCGAUCGCCUCUUCAAGGACACCCCCUGGCCAUCCGUCGAUGCCGUCGCCGACUACGUCGACAACGACCACGUAUUCUGCCUCCUUUACCGCGAGAUGUGGUUCCGCCACCUCUACGCCCGCCUGUCCCCGACGCUGAAGCAGCGAAUCGACUCCUGGGACAAUUACUGCAGCCUCUUCCAGGUUGUCCUCCACGGCGUCGUUAAUAUGCAGCUGCCGAACCAGUGGCUUUGGGACAUGGUCGAUGAGUUCGUCUACCAGUUCCAGAGCUUCUGUCAGUACAGGGCUAAGAUGAAGAACAAGAACGAGCAGGAGAUUGCUCUUCUCAGGCAAUUUGAUCAAGCUUGGAAUGUGUAUGGUGUGCUCAAUUUCUUGCAAGCUCUGGUUGAGAAGUCGAUGAUCAUUCAGAUUCUCGAGCAAGAGAAGGAAGGGCUCGAGCAGUUUACUGCCAAUGAUGGGUAUGAUUAUAGUGGUGGCAGUAAUGUGUUGAAGGUGUUGGGGUACUUCAGCAUGGUGGGUUUGCUUCGAGUUCAUUGUCUUUUGGGCGAUUAUCAUACCGGUCUGAAAUGCUUGCAGCCCAUCGACAUUACCCAACAAGGUGUUUUCACCACUGUUAUUGGAAGCCACAUUACCACCAUUUAUCAUUAUGGUUUCGCCAAUCUUAUGUUGCGGAGGUACGUGGAGGCAAUUCGUGAAUUCAAUAAGAUUCUGUUGUACAUCUACAAGACCAAGCAGUUCCAUCAGAAAUCUCCGCAGUAUGAGCAGAUACUAAAGAAGAAUGAGCAGAUGUAUGCCCUGUUGGCAAUUGCUCUUUCACUUUGUCCCCAAGUGAAGCUUGUUGAGGAAACUGUGAACUCUCAGUUGCGCGAGAAGUAUGGUGAGAAGAUGAACAGAAUGCAAAGAUAUGAUGAUGAAGCAUUUGCUAUUUAUGAUGAGCUCUUCUCCUAUGCAUGCCCUAAGUUCAUUACCCCAUCUCCUCCAAGUUUUGAGGAGCCCCUUGUUAAUUACAACCAGGAUGCUUAUAGACUUCAAUUGAAACUGUUUCUUUAUGAAGUGAAGCAGCAACAGUUAUUAUCAGGCAGGACCUUCUUAAAAGUCUAUUCAUCCAUCUCCGUUGGAAAGCUUGCAAGCUACAUGGAAGUGGAUGAAGCCAAGUUGAGGACUAUCUUGUUGACGUACAAGCACAAGACACAUUCCGUUGAUACUGAGGGAAAAGUUAUUUCCAAUGCUGAUGUGGACUUCUAUAUUGACGAUGACUUGAUUUCCGUCGUCGAAUCGAAACCAGCAAAACGAUACGGUGAUUACUUCUUGCGGCAGAUCGUGAAGCUUGAAGGUGUGAUCAAUGAUAUGGACAGGGUAAAGCUUGAUUGAUUCAUCCAUCACUUUUUUAGUUUACCUUCCUCUCCCGCGAUUUUCGCUUAUUUAGAUUUUUCAACAAUGAUGUCUUGAGAUGUUUUUUCUUCAUCUUUCGAAUACCUAUAUGUCUCAUGUUUCCGCUCCUUUGAAUUGGCGGAUGUGGUUUUUAACUCUUCAAAUGAUCGAAAAUGUAAUUUUCACCUGUUGUGCCUAUCUACUCAAAAUUGCUAGCAUGGAAUUUUCGCAA